ACCUUUCAAUUUGAAAGUCGUCGCAUUAUGUAUCCAAAAAAAAAACCUUUUUUCUUUUUUUUUGCUGAAUUCAAGCAUCUUUGAUAUGAUCAAACUACUAAAUAGAUGGUUACAAUCAUCAGAUAUUAUUGCACAUAAUAUCAAAAGCUUACCUUUAAAUACGACUCAUCCAAAAGUAAAUGCUACCCACAAGUCCCAUUUCAAUGGUAUUUUUCAAGUUGAUCUGGCAUUCCAAAGGCUUCAAAAGCAUCAAAAUAAAAAGUCAAAACAAUAUGCAAUUAUUAAAAAGAAUGUUUAUUCGACCAUUGACAGAUACUACUCUACAAAUAACAAUUUCAAAAUUACACUUGCAAAUACUCGUAAAUCCUCCUCUCUGCAUACAAAUCAAAUGUUCACUUUCUCUAUAGCAGAGCAAGGCGCAAUAGUGGAAUCUUUUCUAAAAAAACUUUUAAGACCUCUUCCAAAAAUUUACCUCUUUACCCGAAACCAGUAGAAGG